CCGGGCACUACUUAUCCAAGCCACAACCAGAAAGUAAGAAAUCAGCACAAAAAUGCAAAAACAAUCCCCUCCACGUGUCACACCAUCAAAAUUUCAUUUCACAGAAACCACCAUUUCCACCAACAAAUUCUCCCAUUGCAAUUUGCAAAAUACUACAAACCUCACCCCUAUUCAUUCUAACUCCAAACCCUUACUUAUAUCAGUAUGUUUAAUACCAUUUUUUCUUACGACAAUGAAUAAUAGAGAAUAUUAGGUGAAAAGAUGGGAACAAAUUAGUGCUCUACAUCCACUACAUACUAUACUAAGAUAAAAAAAAAGAAAGAAGAAGAGGGGAAUUAAUUCCUUCCCCAACAUGAAUUGAUUAUUAUUAGAUACAAAAUCCAAUUCCAGUAUAGGAAAUAGGAAUAAUCCUCUUUUGUUCCAAAUGAUGCCACCACGUUUCAGUUCCAAUUAGGCAAAAUUAGUUUAAUGCUGCUUAUGCUUAUGCCAGUUGUGAUUGUGAAGUUGCAUUUCGCACUCUGUUAGAAUCAGAUUCAUCUGCAGCAUGUCUAAGCCUAUUUAAUCACUAAUCUGUUGCUGCACGAUGCGAAUUCCUAAGAGGCUAUUCUCAUUUUCUCUCUCUAACUUCUCUCCUCAACUCAUAUCACCUCUUUUAUCUUCUCGGAUUUCCUUUGCAUUUGGAAUUUCCGCUAAACCUUCUCGUCUCUUCCCCAACAUCGCAUCACCAGGAGCUAGCCAAUUGCAUUCUCAAUCUUCAAUGGACGAGAAUCAUGAUGUUGGUAUACAUGACUCAAGAUCAGUGGACUUGCCCGACAGUGAUAGUGGAAAACAGCCACGUGUAUGGUCAUCUUCUCCUGAACAUGGAUCUAAAACUGAUAGAGGCAAACAGAUAUUUUGUAACCGGUCACUGAAUAUGAAGAACAUUGUUGCUGUGGGAUUUGACAUGGACUAUACUCUGGCACAAUACAAGCCCGAAACUUUUGAAUCCCUUGCUUAUCAAGGCACAAUUAAAAAGCUGGUUUACGAUUUAGGAUAUCCUAGUGAGUUACUAAAUUGGUCUUUUAACUGGAAGUACAUGGUCAGGGGCUUGGUUCUUGACAAAAAACGAGGAAAUAUCUUGAAGAUGGAUCGCCACAAGUAUGUGAAAGUAGCCUAUCAUGGAUUUAGAGAGUUAUCAAAAGAAGAUAAAGUUGGGACCUACGGAAAUACUUUAGUACGCGAUUCAUUUGACGAGCCAGACUAUGCUCUAAUUGAUACACUUUUUUCUCUUGCGGAAGCCUACUUGUUUGCUCAACUGGUUGAUUUUAAGGAUAGUAAUCCUGAAAAGAUUCGAGAAGGCGUUGAUUAUGCUCGCAUGUAUAAAGAUGUUCGAGCUGCUGUUGAUUUGUGCCACCGUGAUGGGACGUUGAAGCAAAUGGUUGCUAAAGAUCCAGGAAGGUAUAUCAAUGAAGACAACCUGAUAGUGCCCAUGCUUGAAAUGCUCAGAGAAUCUGGACGUGCAACAUUUUUAGUGACAAAUAGUUUAUGGGACUAUACAAAUACUGUCAUGAAUUUCCUCUGUGGAUCCACAAUGGUAGGUGGCAGUAACAAUUUUGAAUGGCUUCAAUACUUUGAUGUGGUUAUCACUGGCAGUGCGAAGCCAGGAUUUUUUCAUGAGGAAAAUCGUGCCAACCUAUUUGAGGUUGUGCCUGAGACUGGAAUGCUACUCAAUACAGAUAAUGGCUCUCCUAUGCCUCAGGUGGGGAACAUCUCAGCAAGGAUAUUCACAGAAGCAACGAAUCACGCUUGCCAAGUUUUCCAGGGAGGCAAUGUAGCUCAUCUGCAUAAACUGCUUUCCAUUGAAUCAAGUUCACAGGUUCUGUAUGUUGGGGAUCACAUUUAUGGAGACAUAUUACGUAGCAAAAAGGUUCUUGGAUGGAGGACAAUGCUUGUAAUCCCAGAGCUGGAGAAGGAGGUUAAACUCCUCUGGGAAUCAAGGGACACCCGGAAGGAAGAUUUUUACUUGAAUAUUCUCAUGCAGGAGCUUCAAUUCUUGAGGAGUGAGCGUGAUCGCAUUGAAGAUGAAGUACAUCAUCUGAAGUGGUCUCUUAAAUUCAAGAACCCAGAUGCUAAGGCCAAACAGAAGCUAUCUUCAGCACUUGAUAAAUUGGAGCUUGAAAGAGAGAAAAUGCGAUUAAUCCAUCAAGAAGCUCAAAGAAAAUUACAUCAAAGGUUUCACGAACCAUGGGGACAGCUUAUGAAAACCGGUUAUCAGAAUUCUCGCUUUGCUCAUCAGGUUGAGAGGUUUGCCUGCCUUUAUACCAGCCAAGUAUCUAACCUGGCCUUGCACUCUCCAGACAAGUAUUACAGACCCAGUGAAGAUUUUAUGCAGCAUGAAUUUGGAAUUCUGGCUUCUGAGCCACGGGAAAUGUAAGUUUCAGAAUUUGGGGCAGCAUUCCUUUGCGUUUGGAAAAUUGGAUUCUGAUCUGUCACGAGUUUCUGGUUCCCACCCCCGUUCUCUUGCUCAUUUUAGUAAUUCAAAGCGCCGUAUGAUAUUUUUUGUUACAAGGGGAAAAAAGAUGCUAGAUUUUAUCAUCAAAUGUUCUACAGUUUCGUCCACAACUAACGUGGGGGUGCUAAUGUGCAGUGGCAAUUAAAGAAAUUCAGCGUCUUCAUUUAAUAUACUUGCAGAUGAUUAGUUACUUCACAAAGUGUAAAUGAAUUUUCAUUGAUAUAUGCACUAUUUUUUGACACAUCAUUAUUUAUUAUUGUAUUCUUCUGUAAUUAAAAGGAUAAUAACUAAUAUGUUCUGGUACUUAUGGUCUGUGGAGGAAAAGGGUGAAUUGCAUAAAAACAUAACUAAGCCAGAGGAGGAAAGCCAUAUCAACAAAGAGAUGGGAGGCAAAGUUGGUUAAAGGAAAUGAACAAGAGCAGGAUCCUGAGUUUGGGGGCAUAAGAAGCUCACAUAUGAAGGCUUCCAACUCUAAAAUGGAAGGGAAAUAAGAAUGACACUUAAUAAAAUGUAGGGGGUGGACGAAUGUGGUGUGUAUUUCGAUCUCUGUUUUGUUCCUAUCUGCUACUGAGUUUACUUUUCUCUGUGCAUAUUCUUAUUACAUGUGUUUCUCUGUACCUGACCUGGGAGAGAGAUGCCAUUAAUUUAGUAUCCUAACAACAACUCCUCUUAUCUACUAAAUAAAGCAAGGAUGUUAUAUUUA